AUGCGUUUCAGCACAGCUACCACCAUCACGGCUCUCGUGGCCAUCGGCAGUGCCUCUGCUUCGGUGCUCCCCCGAGUUUUGGACAACUACGAUCUCGCCCAACCCGUCGCAUUCGAGGAGCGUGAGGUGCCCGUCCUUCAAUGUGACGAAAACCCCAUCUACAUUGGUCAGCUCAGGAUGUUUUCCAACACCGGUCGCGAAGUGACCGCCGCCUUUGAAGGCAUUCGAAACGAGGACGGUUACCAGCAGCUCGAUGUUCAGAAGGCCGGACAGCCGUCGCGUUUCGAGAACUUCGCUUUCACUCCUUGCACGAGUUCGUUCAUGGGAUACCAGCCCGAAGCCAACAAGGCUGCCGAGGUGACGUACGGUCGUCUGCAACCCGCCCACCUGGUCGGCAAGCGUUGCGUCUCGGCUGACAAGCUCGCCCACAAGGACGGUCGUCUGAUCGCUGCCAAGUGCGAGCCUUCGGACGACUCGGGUCAGCUGCUGCAGUUCUGGAGCCUGACCAAGCAGCCCGCUGCUGAGGCGGACAAGUUCAUGUACUACAUCAACUUCCUCGGUCAGCCUGCCGGCGAUUCGCAGGACUUCCCAGGAAGCUACACGCUCAGCCCGGUUACGAUCGGCGCCAACAAGCUUGUUCGUUUGCAGCACUCCAAGGAGGAAGGUGCGCGAAGCGCCUACUUCCUCAAGCUCGCUUGA